AUGGCGGAUACUAAAGAAACACGUCUACGGAGUUUCUGGCUCCGCUACGGUCUUCUUUUAAGGAACUUCGGAUUCGUGGGAGUUCUUGCACUGUAUUUAAUAUUCGGAGGCGUUAUGUUUCUAUACAUUGAAGGCAGUCGUGACGAACAACGAGAGAAUGAUAUUUGCCACAUGAUGACAAAACUUGUCAUGAAGACCGAAGUCAACAUCAGCAACAUGUUGACCUCUGACAUUGUCAAUGUAACAGAGAAUGUACAGAACGUCAAUUUCACUGAGAUGCUUACCGAUACAUUCUCCAAUCUGGGGACGGAGCUGUGUGAAUUGCACGAUGCUGAGCAUCCCAACACGAUGUUGCCAUGGAGAAUGUCAUCCGCUGUUUUCUUUUGUUUUACAGUUGUCACAACAAUCGGAUAUGGUAAUAUCGUCCCAGUUACGCGUGUGGGUCGUGUAUUGACCAUCGUAUAUGCUAUAGCCGGCAUACCACUUCUGUUAUUAGUUCUUUCGGUCAUUGGACAGAAUCUAGCAAAGCGUUUCAAAAUGUUCUGUGUCAAGUUGAUGUGCCAAAAAGUGAAGGUUGGUGCACGCCUAGAAAGUCCAGUGAGUACGAUCAGCACACCGUCCAAUACACUCGUCACUGUCCGUAGAAAUAACGAUACCACUAAAGACACUUUCUACGCGGCAUUCGGAGGAGCCUUAUGUCGUCAUGAAGCCACACAAACAGACGAGUUGACGGACUGCGACAAGAAAGAAAACAGUGCAGGCAAUACUAGCACUAGUCCUGAAUGCGUCAUGUUAAUCACCCUUUGUGUUAUAAUUUACAUCACCCUUGGAGCAUUAAUUCAAGUCUACAUCGAGGAAUGGUCAUUCCUAGACGGGUUUUAUUUCAUUUUUGUGUCAUUAUCAACUAUUGGCUUUGGAGAUGUGAUGCCUGAAGUUACUAACGACAAAAGCCGUCAGGCUAUUGGGCCAUUUUUAUGUGUUUACAUACUUUUUGGAAUGUCGCUGUUGUCAACAAUGUUUACGUUAGUACAAGAUCGGGUGUUGGAAAUAUUUUACAGAAUCAAAAAUAAAUUAUGUGACACAGAUGAUUAA